AUGAAUGAGACUGAUCACAAUGAGACGACUGGAAGUGGCAACAGCCGAAAGCAUCAUAGACAUCCUAGUAGAGCGUUAUCACCCAUUAUGGAUCCCAAUACUUUGAAACAGAUAGGAUGGCAGCCUUCACCCGCUAAGUUGUCUAUGAUUGCCAAAGAAGGAUCUGAGCUCCCAACUCAAGGGUCUGGCAGACUUCUACACAUACUAGAUGACGAACUUUGUACCAUUACAUACGAUACACGAGGAAGUCAAGAUACCCAAUUGGAAGUGAACCUUCCUGAUUUUCCCAUGCAAUGGCAAAAAGUACCUCUUUCUCAAGACGAAUGGGGCAGAAACGAUGCCAAUCAUAUAAUCACUGCAAGCCUCCAAGCUUUGAGUUCGUUGUAUACUGACCAGGACAACACACUUCCUCAAGGCCGUACCAAAGCUCUGUUCACCAAUGAAGCGAUAGAAUGGUGGCUCAUUCCUACCUGUCCACAAAACGUUCCAUCGGGAACUAAUAUCACAUCCUCAGCUCAUAGUCAGACAGAUGACAUGAUGAUCGGAUUAAGAUACAAGAUGAACAAUUCAAGUAGUCCCACAGUGGCUUUAGUCAGCUUUGAAAAUCUGGAACGCCUAUCUGAGAAUUUUUCUGCCAGUUCGAAAGGACCGUGGACCGAAGCUUGUAACGCUGUAAGAAAAGGAAUCAAAGAAAGCGGCUACAUUGAUAUUGAAGUUUCGACGAGGAUGCCUGGUGGCCGAACAAGUGAACUUAGAGGCACUCCUGGAAAAUCUUCAAUUUCUAAGGAAGAUUCCGGAAGGCGAAGCAUAGUGUAUCGCGUAGAUUGGUCCGAAAACGUCAUUGACAAUGAAGGUAAAGCCAGACCUAAUCGAAUACCAAGAUUGAACGAGAGCAAGGUCACAACUCUGCGUACGAUGUUACUCGAGCAUAAUCAGUCAUCAGAUUUAAGAUCAUUUUACGCGAAAUAA